UGCGGGCACAGAUUUUCACAAGCUGGGUACCUCUUCUGCAGAACACGAAGAAAAUCAACCACGGAUCUUAGGACGUUGUUGACCAAAGGAAAUCAUAAAGUGAAUGUCUGACGAUGAUGAACAUUCAACUGAAAACUGACUUCAUCGCGAUGUGAGACUUCAGACGUUGACCUUCAGCAUUAAGAGUCACAAUUUGGUUCAUCCUGCAUCUCUAUGAGAGGUUUUCUGUUCCAGACAAGUUUCAUCCUCAUCCUGCCUUUGACAAUGACAUCUUGGGCAACAACAUCUAUGCUGCUGAUUAUUCUGAUGAGAAACUUCAGAGUCGAUUCCAUCACAUGUGAUAUAACUGAAUACAAGAUAGGAGAAGAGUGCUGUGAUCAAUGUCCUGUUGGCCAUAGAGUCAGAAUAGACUGCACAGAGUUUAAAAGGACAAUCUGUCAGAGAUGUUCAGAUGGGACGUAUAUGGACCUGCCAAAUGGACUAAAGAGAUGUAAUCCAUGUUCUACCUGUGAUUCAGGAGCUGGGCUGAAGGAAAAGCAACAAUGUGUAAUAACUACAGACACAGUUUGUGAACCAAUGGAGGGAUUCUACUGUACAGACCUUAAAUCAGGAGGUUGUUCUGUAGCACAGAAACACAGGAGCUGUGAACCAGGACAUUACAUCAGCAGGAUGGGAACAGCCUCCACAGACACAGAAUGCUCUGAAUGCAGCAGUGGAUCAUUUUCUGAUGGAACAAUGUUGUCAUGUCAGCCUCACACACAAUGUGAAAUCGAAAACCUUCAUCUGAUAAAAGCAGGAACAGCUUCAACUGAUGCUGAAUGUGGAGGACAAAGUUCCAACAUCACAGGAAUUGUGAUCGGUGUUUUGUUUUUGGUGGGUUUUUUAUUAGUUGCAGCAGCAAUUGUUGGUGUUGUUCUCCGGAAAAAUAAAAAAAUUAAAAUACCAAAUAUUUCUACAAAACGACAAAAACCCCAAAGGGACCAAGCAGAAGGAGAAGAACAGGGAGUCUGUUUGAAUGUACAAGAAGUGAUGCUACCAAACAUUGACACCACCAGGUCUGACCAAACAGUUAAUAAUAAUAAACAAGUUUUUAUUAUUAAAAACACGACAAACUAAUGAUGGUAAAGGGCC